GCGCGUAUUGUUUUUCGCAAAGUUAAAAAUAAAACAACAAUACUGGCUGUUUUAAGUGUUUUUUCAAUUUGAAUUAUGAAUCGAAAAAUGGAUGAGUUGACUAUGGACACAUCUCAAACACAUGAAAAGGAAAAAAAUAACAACGAGAAUAAUAAAGAGACAGAUUCCAUUCAUGGAUUAUGUCGACAUAAAUAUAAUGAAAGAAAUCGAAAUCUAUUUUUAUUUAUAUUUAUUAUAGCAGUGUCUCUAGGGAUGAUUAUACCAAAAAUAAAAUUAGAUAAUUAUAAAAUCUUAACCAAAGAUUAUAAAACAGACAGACGGAAUUAUUGGGUAUAUUCUGCAUAUAAUGAUGUAGAUAAUAAAAAUGGAUUAUUAAAGCAUGUCCAUUUGGUUCUUGAAAGAUUAGGUUAUGAGAAAAGUUCUAACACUACACCAUGGAGUCUUCUAUGGUCGCAUGAUUACCCUUUCCGAGUGCUAUAUCCAAAUUUACAUAGGUUAAAACCAAAACAAAUGGUCAAUCACUUUCCCGGUACGGGAUUUAUAACUAAUAAAGUUGAUUUGGCAACUUCGAACUCUAAAUACAUACCGAAAGCGUUCAAAUUACCCGCCAAUAAAAAAGAGUUUCUUCAAUACGCAUCAAAGAAUAAAGAUGCAUUAUUUUUGGAAAAACACAAUCAACACAGAGGAGUAUUUCUAAAGAAUGUGAGUGAAAUAGACCUGUCAAGUGGAGAAAGUUUUGUGCAGGAGUACGUGCAAAAACCGUUUUUAGUAGACGGACAUAAGUUUGAUAUUGGUGUGUAUGUUGUUCUCACAUCUGUCAAUCCUCUAAGAGUUUAUUACUACAAAGGUGAUGUAUUAUUCAGAUACUGUCCAGCAAAAUACUAUCCAUUUGAUCCCAAAGUAUUAGACAAGUAUGUAGUAGGCGACGAUUAUCUUCCAACAUGGGAGGUGCCAUCUCUCGCACAUCCCUACACUGCGUUAGGGUUCACUAUGAAGGAAGCCUUUGAUACCUACGUCAGAUCUAAGGGUAAAGAUCCGGCAGUAAUGUGGGCUGAAGUAGAGCGAGCUAUAUCUGAAGUAUUUCUCAACAAGGAACAUCAUAUCAUUGAGGCACUAAAGAAUUAUCCAUCGGGAGAUAACUUUUUCGAGAUGAUGCGCUUUGAUUUAGUCGUGGACGAGAAUCUAAAGGUGUAUCUUCUGGAAGCUAAUAUGUCACCUAACCUAAGCUCUGCUCAUUACCCGCCAAAUCAGCUGUUGUACGAACAAGUUUUGUAUAAUCUAUUCUCUUUGGUUGGUGUUGCCAGUUAUAUGAAUGGACGUGAAAAUACAGAUUUAAGGGGACAGUCCCAAGCAGAAAACAUGGUGUCAGCACAGAAAAAUAUAGCGGUAUGGAGUGACGAAUGCAGCACAAAAUGCAGAGAUCGUUGUGAAAUUUCACCAGUCUGUGGUCUAUGCAGGCCUUGUCUUGGCGCCAAAUUGAGAAAGAGUUUACUUAAAGCUCAUAAAGAAUUCUUACAUAAGGGUGAUUUCAAAAGAUUAUUUCCUCCUGAAAUGGUACAAAAACAAUUAACUACAGAGCAAUUUAAAAGCUUGAAUAAAAUGAAUCAACAGCAAUAUUUAUGGUAUCAAGGAAAAUGUAACAUCGACAUCACUUGGUGUAAAUAAAAUAUAUUUGUAAAACAAAU